CUUGGAAAGAUUGCAUCUGCAGACUUUGUUGGAAAUGACCGCCUGCUGGUGAUAUGGGAGUUCGGAAAAGCGAGAUUGUGGCAUCUGAAAACCGGCAGAGCUUGCGACCUACCAGAUAUUAAGACAACAUGCGAAGGACCUGUGUGGCAGAAUCGACCAGGUUAUAAGAGACCAGCGCUUUUGGCAUUGCUUUGCAGGAACGGAGCGGAGGAUCAGCUUGUUCUUCAAUUUCCAACGCUUGAUCAAAUGCCGUUAGGCAUCAAGCUGGCAACUACAGAUGCGCAAUCGAUAUCUUGGUCUCCAGAUGGAAGGUGGCUUGCGAUAUUGGAUACGCCAUCUGUGAGCCCAAAUCUGCAUAUUUACACGCCAGAUGGGCACCUCUUCAGAUCAUGGCUGUCAAAGAAGAACGUCGACGCUGAACUGGGAGCAAAGAACAUCGAGUGGUCUCCCGAUGGCCGUGUUCUCGCAUUAGCCUGCCAUGAUGGUCGCGUGGAACUUCUGAAUGCAAGAACAUUCUCGCAGCUCGCAACCAUCGAGCACCACACAACUAUCGCCCAAAGCUCAUUACCGCUAUCCGAGCAAGCACCAGUCUGGCAGGAGAGGGUUUCAUCCGCGAAUGAGCGCAGCUACACUUUCGCUCCGCAACCUGUCUGCCCGCCACUAUCGAGAUCGAAGCCAACUUCAGAACCCGUCGAACUCGGAGUCGCCGAGCUUUGCUUCAGCUGUGACGGCAAUUAUCUUGCGACUCGUGACUGUCGAAUGCUGAACACAGUCUGGAUCUGGAAUACUGCUACGCUCGCAGCACAUUCAGUAUUACUCCAACAUAGCAACAUUCGCAAAUUGACAUGGCACCCAACUCGAGCAGAAACCCUGCUUGUA